AUGAAGUUCCUCACCCUCAGCUCCCUCCUCGUGGUCGCCCUCGCCACCGCAUCGACCACCUUUGCUGCGCCUUCGACCGCGGCCGACGUUCUCCUCGGCCGCGACGCGCCAGCCAACGUCCUCGUCAAGCGCAACGGCACCAUUGCCAACGGCAGCCGCUGCGCCGAGGGCGCCAACGACUCGUGCCAGUCGGGCUACUGCGACCGCGGCGCGUUUGGCUGGAAGCUCUUCAACAAGUGCCAGCCCAAGAAGGCAAACGGCCAGGACUGCCCCAAGACUGACGUGGCCUGCGCCUCGGGCUACUGCAAGCUGCACAACGCCUUCAAGUCGGGCACCUGCGCGCCUUACCCGACCGAGAAGAACACGCUCAAGACGGGUCAGGAGUGCGGCUUCGACUUCCAGUGCGCCUCUGGCCGGUGCCGCGCCGAGUUUGGCGUCAAGGAACGCAACUGCGAGAGCGGCAUCUGCGCCAAGGCCAACGCCAACACCCCGCUCCGCUGCGCUCCCAAGAACCAGAAGCUCGACUCGCUCUGCUGGGACCCACGCAUGUGCAUGUCGGGCAACUGCCCCGCCUCGACCGACGGUAGCAGCAGGUGCCAGGCCGCUCCGGCCGCCCCCGCUGCCCCUGCCACCCCGGCCGCCCCCGUUGUCAUCAAGGCCUAA